AAUUCGCAUCGCGAUUAUUAAAUAUUUUAUUCCCUUUUUUUGGCACUCUCUCUUUCUCCCAUGGACAUCCGCCCCGAAACCCUAGCGACGUGGUUCCUGCAAUCGCUUUCGCCGGAACCCCAGCCUCGCCGUGCCGCCGAGGCUUCCCUCUCCGACUCCGCGAAGCGGCCAGGAUUCGCCACCGCCCUUCUUCAGCUCGUCGCCGCUCCCGCCGUCGAGGAUCAAAUUCGCCUCGCCGCCGCCGUUCAUUUCAAGAACCACCUUCGCUCCCACUGGGCCCCCUCAGCCGACGAUGCGGCUUACGCAAUAUCCGCCCCCGAGAAGGAGCAGAUCAAGGCGCAUAUCGUCGCCUUGAUGCUCAACGCCCCGCCUCGCGUCCAGCCACAGCUCUCCGAAGCCCUCGCCGCCGUCAGUUCCCACGACUUCCCCAAGUCCUGGCCUUCCUUGCUUCCAGAGCUCGUCGAUUCCCUCCGCAAAGCCGCGGUUGCCGAUGACUAUCACUCUGUCAACGGCCUACUCGGAGCCGCCACUUCCCUCUUUUCCAAAUUCCGCAGCUCAUUCGAUGACAACGCCCUUCGGCUCGACCUCAAGUACUGCCUCGACGGAUUUGCUGCUCCUCUGCUAGAGAUCUUCCUCAAGACCUCCCGGCUCAUUUCCUCAAAUGUCACGGGCCCUCCUGAGACCCUCCGCCCACUUUUUGAGUCACAACGCCUUUGCUCCGAAAUCUUCCACUCCCUCAAUUCUGUUGAGCUACCUGAGUUCUUCGAGGAGCACAUGAACGAGUGGAUGAGCGAGUUCCUCGCUUACCUCGGUACUUCUUACUCACCAGCCGUUGAGGCUGAGGGAGCAUUAGAUGCCCUCAGAGCUUCUAUUUGUGAGAACCUUCAGCUUUACAUGGAGAAAAAUGAGGAGGAGUUCAAGAUCUACCUUGAAAAAUUUGCUUUAACCGUGUGUCAGCUAUUGAUGACUCCAGGUUCUUCCCCUACCCGCGAUCAGCUUACUGUCACAGCCAUCAAGUUCCUGACGACGGUCAGCACUAGCGUUCACCAUUCACUCUUUAGUAGCCCUAAUUUUCUCCAAGGUAUAUGCUCAAGCAUCGUCUUCCCUAACAUCCGGCUUCGAGAUGAGGACGAAGAGCUGUUUGAUAUGAAUUACAUUGAAUAUAUUAGGAGGGAUAUUGAAGGCAGUGAUAUUGAUACUAGGAGGCGGAUCGCUUGUGAGCUUCUGAAGGGUAUAGCCUUGAAUUACAGAGAACAAGUUACAACAUUAGUGUCAAUGCAGAUACAGGAGAUGCUGAAACUAUAUGCAGCCAACCCGAUGGAAAACUGGAAGGAGAAGGACAAUGCAAUCUACCUCGUGGUUGCACUUGCUCCAAAGGUGGGCAGCAGUGCUGGGUACCUUGUGGAUGUAGAGAGCUUCUUCACAUCAGUCAUUGUUCCUGAGCUACAAGAACAAGAUAUAAAUGGUUCUCCAAUGCUGAAAGCUGGUGCUUUGAAGUUCUUCACGGUUUUCCGUGUGCAGAUACCUAAGCCAGCAGUCCUCGCUCUUUUCCCCCAUUUGGCGAGGUUCCUUGUGGCCGAAUCAAAUGUAGUCCAUUCAUACGCAGCAAAUUGCAUUGAGAAGCUGUUAAUGGUGAAGGACAAAGUAACAUUAUCUGGUUCAAAUGUAGUCAGUUUGACUCCUCGAUAUAGUGCUUCAGAUGUCAAUCCUUUCCUGCUCCAGUUGAUGACCAAUCUCUUCAGUGCUUUGCAGUUGCCCGAGUCACAGGAAAAUUCAUAUAUCAUGAAGUGCAUCAUGAGAGUAAUUGGCCUUUGCAAUAUAAGUAGUAAGGUUGCUGAACAUUGUGUUGAUCGCUUGGCUUAUGUGCUGACAGUGGUAUGCAAUAAUCCAAGGAGCCCAACCUUCAACCACUACCUAUUUGAGUCUAUUGCUGCCCUGAUUGGAAGAUCCUGUGAGAAUGACGAGUUACUUAUCCAAGUAUUUGAGAUACAUUUGUUCCCAAUCCUCCAGAAAAUUUUAGCUGAAGAUGUGGCUGAGUUCUGGCCAUAUACUUUCCAAAUAUUUUCCCAACUUGUUGAUGUGAGUAAGCCACCUCUUUCCGAAGCUUAUAUGCUGAUAUUCAAGAUGCUUCUCUCUGAUGAUUCAUGGAAGAGAUCAGAAAAUGUCCCUGCAUUAGUUCAACUACUCCAGGCAUAUCUGCAGAAGAUUCCCAAUGUGCUCAAGACUGAAGGGAGAUUGGAACAGGUCAUAGCGAAGUCUACUGGGUUGCUUUCAGCUUCUAAGACUGAAGAAUUGGGAUUUUAUGUCCUCAACGCUGUGGUGGAAAAUCUUCCUUGUGAAAUUAUAGCGCCUUACCUUACAGAUAUAUGGAGGCCGAUUUUCAUCCGCCUACAGAGCAGGCGUGUAGCUAAGUUUGUGAAUUCUUUUGUGGUAUUUAUGUCAUUGUUUUUGGUUAAGCAUGGUCCCAGUGUGCUUGUGGAGUCCAUAGAUACUCUUCAAAAUGGGUUAUUCCUGAAUAUUCUUCAGACGUUUUGGAUUCCUAAUCUCAAGCUCAUUUCAGGAGCCACUGAAAGGAAGCUGGCUUUGGUGGCUGCAACAAGGCUGAUCUGCGAGUCUUCAAUCCUUUCAGAUGAUAAAUACAGUGAAUUAUGGGGCAGAAUGCUCAAUAGUAUCAUCUCUUUGCUGGCUCAGCCAGACCAAUACGUGGAACUAGAAAAUGGUGAGCCAGAUCUUCCUGAAACUGUGGGUUACUCAGCAACCUUUGCUCGUCUUCAUUAUGGUGGAAAGAAAGAAUCAGACCCUCUUAAGGAAAUAAGGGAUCCAAAGGAGUUUUUUGUGACAUCAGUAUCAAGACUGUCGUCCAGUUCUCCUGGUAGGUAUGGGCCAGUGAUUCAGACGUAUGUUGAUACAGCUAAUCAAACUGCAUUACUCCAGCUUUGUGCCACCUACAAUUGUAUAAUUGCUUAGAAACUGGACGAACUGGAGGUGACGUGCCAUAGUUAUUCUCAGAGGAUACAUUGUACAAAUGCACUUCUUUCAACUUCCAGGAUUACAUAGUUGUGACGGAUUAAGCUGCACAAUUGGGUUUUGGUACCUGUUUUAAAGCAUGUUGCAUUGUCUCGAAGGUCAUUUUAUAUUAUGGAACUUGAAACAGUGGUGUGUGGGUUGGACGUUCAAGAGGAUGACAUGCAGUUUUGUUUCCAAGGGUUCUAUUUGUUAGGGUUCUUAGUUGUGAAAAAUACCACUCAUGUUUUGCAUACAGAGCAUGUUAAUGUUUUGCAACUUGCAAGAGUGAUGUCUGUUUGAGGAAAUCAUGUUGCGAUUGUAUUUGUUGUUCUCUGAGGUGUGAA